UAAAAAGGUAUAUGAAUGGUAAAAGAUUCUUGUCUUUAUUGAAAUUUGAAGGAAGGUUAUGACGGUGAUUGAAAUGCUCAAAAAUUCAUCCCCCAGUGCUGGCAAAAAGCUGGAGACAUAUCGUCACACACAUUCCAAUAAUAUGAUUACAAGACAAUAAUAAAUCCCAAACUGAUCUUGGCAACGUAGGAAGACAUAAACAUAGUUCUAUAGAAUCGGUAAAAAACCCGAGACAUUCCCGUGCAGACAGACAAGUCGAAACUUUUCUAUUAAUAGUUAGUGUGAGUUGCGCGCGCAGGAGUCGCCAUUGACCGGCGGAGCGGGCAGUUUUCUUCAUUAUUUGGAAUUUAAGUUAUGAUGGGCUCGGAUCGCCGCGCCUCGGCGCCCGCGCACGACAGCAAGCGGCUGUACGCGGUCAUCACGCUUUUUAUAGGACUCAUAUGCAUUUUCGCCGGAUACAUGUUGGGGCAUAUGACACGUGCCGAAAUAAAAAAGAACAAUGAUGUGUCUCAAAACCUGACCAUCGCAGCCGACUCACUACACAAAAAAGCCAACCGGAUAUCACCAAAGGCUAUCCACCACAACGAUCCAGAAAAAAUAUACGCAAAGCUAUCCGCUAUAUUUCAAUGUAAGACUGAAUGCGGGACCAUUAACAAAUAUAAUUUAGGAGACUAUGUUCAAAGUUCUAUUAAUUACGAAAUAUCGAAAUUGAUCAAAACAUUAAAUAAUGCUACGAUGUAUUUAGAUUCGCUAAGAUGACAUUAGGUUAAUUUAUAUAUAAAGCGACAUUGUGAUACUAAAUCCUAAAAAAUAACACAUGCCAUUUUUAAAGGCAUUUUUACGAGUGUACUCUCUAUUUGUUAUAUAUAACCGUUGGUCAUGAUAAUAAUAAACACUGAUUA